UGAGUUAUUUUGUACAUAACCUGGGGCUGUAAAACCGAUCACAUCGUGCCUUUGGUUGCAUGGCGCUCGCGGCUCUGCCCCGCUCCACUGACUGGACUGGGAUGCGCGCCUGGGUCGCGCGCUGCUGGUGGGCAGAGCGCCGUCACGAGCCGAAGGUGUCAUGAAACGGAGAAAACUCACUCGCAGAAAGACAGAGGGCUAUUUAUCCCAGCUCGCAUGGCAACAUAAAAAAUACUUGCGGGGAUAAGUAGACUGUCGCAGCGAAAAUGGCCAAAAACACGUCUCUUUAUUUUCGGAUUGUCGAGGGCAGGAACCUUCCGGCGAAAGACGUAUCUGGGACGAGUGAUCCUUACUGCAUCGUUAAAGUUGACAAUGAAGUUGUGGCCAGGACCGCUACAGUGUGGAAGAACCUCAAUCCUUUCUGGGGUGAAGAGUACACGUUGCACCUCCCGAUGGGGUUUCAUUCACUGUCGUUCCUUGUGAUGGAUGAAGACACGAUUGGACAUGAUGAUGUUAUUGGAAAGAUUACUCUGUUCAAAGAAGCCAUUGGGUCUCAAGCUAAAGGGCUUGAUAGCUGGAUGAACCUGACGAGGGUUGACCCCGAUGAGGAGGUUCAAGGAGAGAUCCACCUGAGCCUGGAGCUCGUCAGAGACACCAAGAAGAGCUGCCUACGGUGCAAGGUCAUCGAAGCCAGGGACUUGGCCCCGAGAGACAUUUCUGGAACGUCGGAUCCUUUUGGAAGAGUUAUUUACAACAACCACAGUGCGGAGACCUCGAUUAUCAAGAAGACCCGUUUCCCUCACUGGGGAGAAACCUUAGACCUGGAGCUGGAUGCAGAGGAGCUGAGUGAGGAGGGGACUGUGAUCGUGGAGGUCUGGGACUGGGACAUGGUGGGCAAGAAUGACUUUCUAGGAAAGGUGGAAAUCCCUUUUGCCUGUUUGCACAAGACACCUCAGUUAGAGGGCUGGUUUCGUUUGCUGCCCCUGAGAAAUGAGUCUGAAGCUGGCGGUAAGCUGGGAGCGCUGCGCCUGAAGGUGCGUCUGGUGGAGGACCGGAUCUUGCCGUCCACAUACUACCAGCCACUUAUUGAACUGCUGGUUGAGUCGGUAAUCUCCCCCGCAGAGGUGGAGGACAGUAGUGCCCUGACCAUGCUGGAGGAGGUGACUACAGUGGAGAGCAGGCAGGAUGUUGCGAUGACUCUGGUGAAGAUCUAUCUGGGGCAAGGCCUGGUGGUGCCGUUCCUCGAUUACCUUAAUACCAGAGAGGUCAACCACACAACUGAUCCGAACACGUUAUUUCGCUCCAACUCACUAGCCUCCAAAGCCAUGGAACAAUUCAUGAAGGCCGUUGGCAUGCUGUAUCUGCAUGAAGUGUUGAAACCCAUCAUCAAUCGCAUCUUUGAUGAGAAGAAGUACAUUGAGCUGGACCCGUGUAAGAUUGACCUGAAUCGCACAAGACGGAUAUCAUUUAAGAGUGGCGUGUCGGAGGCAGAGGUUCGGGACUACAGCGUGGAGAUGCUGCAGACCUAUUUGACCAGCAUCAUUGAAUCUAUCGUCAGCUCUGUCGAUCAAUGUCCUUCGGUCAUGAGAGUGGCCUUCAAACAGCUGCACAAGAGAGUGGAGGAACAAUUCACAGAGCCUGAGAAUGAGGAUGUAAAAUACCUGGCCAUCAGCGGGUUCUUCUUCCUGCGUUUCUUUGCGCCCGCCAUCCUGACGCCAAAGCUGUUCCAGCUGAGAGACCAGCACGCCGACACACGUACAAGCAGAACGUUGUUACUACUCGCCAAGGCACUGCAGAGUGUGGGCAACCUGGGCCUUCAGCUGGGUCAUGGCAAGGAGCAGUGGAUGGCACCUCUUCAUCCCAUCAUCCUCCGCAGCGUGGCCUCUGUCAAGGACUUCCUGGAUAAGCUGAUCGACAUAGAUCAUGAUAUCGUGUCUUCGGUACCUCAGAGGGCUGUGUUCAUGCCUUCAGUGACAGUGAAGGAGGGAUACCUCCACAAACACAAAGCUGACGGACCACAGCUGCUGUCCCGCUUUGCCUUCAAGAAACGCUACUUCUGGUUAACUAGUGAGACCUUGUCCUACGCCAAGACCUCUGAGUGGCAGGUGCGCUCCUCAAUACCAAUUCAGCGCGUGUGUGCCGUGGAGAGGGUGGAUGAGAAUGCCUUCCAGCAGCAGAAUGUAAUGCAGGUCAUUACACAAGACAACGACGGGAAGCUGAACACGAUGUACAUCCAGUGCAAGAAUGUGAAUGAGCUGAACCAGUGGCUGUCUGCAAUAAGGAAAGUCAGCAUCUACAAUGAGCGCAUGCUGCCUUCCUUUCACCCGGGCGUCCAUCGCAGCAGCAAGUGGACCUGCUGCCUGCAGGCGGACCGUGCCGUUACAGGCUGCAGCAGGACCCACUCAGCCGUGACUCUGGGCGACUGGAGCGACCCGCUGGAUCCCGACGUGGAGACUCAGAUGAUAUACAAGCAGCUGCUCCAGGGCAGAGACAAACUGAGGAAAAAGUACCUGGAGAUGGAAGACGCAGAUCAGACAUCGAGCAACAAGGAGAAGAGGGCAAAUCCUGAUAUUAAUCCAGAUGGUGCUGAAUGCAACGCUCAGCUGAUGAAGCCUGGUCAGAGUGUCGCCGCGCGGCUGCUGGUGGUGAUAGAGGAUCUGGAGCAGGCUCACGCCGCCUUCCAACUGAGAGAAAAGGAGGACGCCACCACAGUCAUUCUGAAUCCCUAGGCUGCACACGGCCUCUGAUCUAUUAAUGCCUGAGAGGAGGGGCUGGUGUGUGGAGACGCUGGAGGAGGAGGAAGGAGGAGGGGGACCAGUAAGAGGGAGCAAUAGCUGCACGCUUUCCUGAUUGUCACAGAGGAGAAACUGCGACCCCCCCGUCCAUCUUUUGGGUGCAUUUUCUGCCAGCUGUAAAGAGCAGCGGAGACUCUGGCGCUUUUUAUUCUCUGUCUCUCUGUACCCUCUGAAUGGCUCCAACAAACGCAGGUUAUGAUACUUGAUAAACAGGAAGGGAGACUCUGCAGCAUGUUCCGACGUUGUUAUUUUGUUCUGUAGAUAGCGAGCAAUCUGUGGCAUGGCUUGCAUCCAAUGUGAAACGCUUUUAUAUUUCAAGAUAUUGUACAGGACUUCAAACAUUUUUAUGCAAAAGGCUGGUUGUAGUGUAAUGUACAGUACAUAAGUGUGAGGUGAUUUGAUACUGGUGGUUUAUCGCUCAUGUUUUGUACUCGGAGGCAGUUCAUCGCUGAAGCCACUUUGUAGCGGCUAAUUUCACAUCCCAGGUCAUCCCACAAUGACGUUAUGUUAAAGUGAUGCUCAGUUUACCACUGCCUGCACCGCGAGCAGAAUCCGUGCUACCUACACGUUGCUUUGUUCCCUUUUCACAAAACAAGCAGCUUUUGUUUAGUGCUGCAGCCAUUUGAUCGUACAAACUGAGCUUGAAUGUAUUUAUCGUUUUUUUAUUUUUAUUUUUUAUACAUGUAACUUUUUGUCCUUACAUUUGAUUUAGCCAUUCUGAAAGGUGCGUGGGAAAUAUUUACCUGCCUUGCAAGUGUCAGGCCGUGUUCAAGAUGCCAACUUGGUUUUGACAAACCUACCAAGCUGACUUUGAAGUACAGAUAUUGGUGAAUUACACAAAUUAACCAGUUGGUAUUAGAAGAGCAGAGAGGGGCAGAUCGUGUGAUUAGAUAUGUGAUUUGGGAAGACCUUCCUGGGUCUCUUCCUGCCAUACAGACACUACCUAGUGCAAAUAUUCACACCUACAUACAUUUAUGUUUGUGCUGAGACAUGGUCUUCGUUUACACAAAGUUCUAUAAAGUGUGCCGUGUGUUUGUUUUCAGCCCCCCUGAGUCAAUGCUUUUAUGAGAUUUCCACUGCUUGAAACAGUUUUUUAUUUAUUUUGCCAAUUUCUCUUCACGAAUAGCCCUCAAGCCCUGACAAAGUAGGUGGAGAGCAUCAGUUCAGAACAGUGCCACAGAUUCUGAGCUGGACUUUGACCGGGCCAUUUUAACGCAGUUAUGCUUUGAUCCAAGCCUGUCCGCUGUAGCUCUGGCUAUAUGUUUAGGGCUGCUGUCCUGCUGGAUGUUGAACCUCCACCCAUCUCAAAGAUUUUCUUCCACCCAUCUUCCCAAACACUUUCUGUGAUGAAGAUGAGCAUCCCCCACAGCACGAUGCUGGCACAACCAUGUUUGAACAUAUGAUUGGGGUUGUUUAAGGGUGAUGUGCAGUGUUGGGUUUCUGCCUUAACAGCCUUCUGCAUCUUGGUCGGCAUAUUAAAAUGAGGUCUCAUAGGACCAGAGCCAUUUCCCUUAUACGUUUCCUGUACUCGAUGUGGCUCGUGGUAAAUGGGACUUCUUUUGGCUUUUCUACUCACAACUCUUCCAAAAAGGUCAGUUUGGUGAAGUGGCAGCUAGUAGUUGUCCUGUCUGCAGAUUCUCCCAUUUGAAGCGACGAUCUCUGCUGCUCUUUCACAGACACCAUCAUAGCUGCUUCUCAGAUUAAUGCUAUCCCUGCCUGGCCAGUCAGUUUAAACGGCCAUUUGUAGGUUAGCAAAUGUGCCAUACUCUAUUUUCCAUUUCGUCUCUCUAAAAACCCUGAGAGACAUAACAGCUGGAACUAUAUUGAGAUUAAAUUACAUUUGGUUCCACUGAAGUUUAUUUAAGGUGGUCAAAGUAAAGGGCGCUGAACAUAAGAGUAAA